CAGUUCUCACAUAAAUAAAUGAUAAUACUGAUUCAGAAAUCAACUUCUUGUUCUGCCUCGCUCUAUAACUCCCCUCUCCCUCGUCUCACAGUGUAAACUCUUCCGCCACAAACUUUAAGUUUAAGGAAGCAAAAUGAGUUUGUGGUAUAUCAUUGUUGCAUUCGUAUUCUUUGCUUCUCUACUCACUGGGAAGAACACAAAAAAGGUAAAGAAAGAUCUACCUCCCGGACCACGUAGAUUUCCUAUAAUUGGUAACUUGCACCAAUUGGGAUCGAACCCUCAACGUUCCAUGUUCAAAUUAUCUGAAAAAUAUGGAUCGCUAAUGUCCCUAAAGUUUGGAAAUGUGUUUGCUGUUGUGGCGUCAACUCCAGAGACGGUGAAGGAUGUUUUAAAAACAUUUGAUGCAGAUUGUUGUUCGCGGCCUUAUCUGACUUAUGCUGCAAGAAUUUCAUACAAUCUAAAAGAUCUUGCAUUUUCUCCAUAUAGCAAAUAUUGGAGGGAAGUACGAAAGAUGACGGUCGUUGAACUCUACACUGCGAAACGAGUAAAAACAUUUCAACAUAUAAGACAAGAAGAAGUUGCCUCUUUUGUCCAAUUCAUUAAACAAUCUGCUUCAUUGGAGAAACCGGUCAACUUGAAUCGGAAGUUAGUGAAACUUUCAGGGAGUGUGAUUUGUAAAGUUGGAUUUGGGAUAUGUCUAAAAGGAAGCAAACUUGCAAAUGCUUAUGAGGAAGUCAUUCAAGGAACCAUGGAGGUGCUAGGGAGCUUUGCAGCAGCAGAUUACUUCCCAGUUGUUGGUAAACUCAUUGAUAGGAUCACAGGGUUACACAACAAAUGUGAGAAGGUUUUUAAGGCAUUGGAUUCAUUUUUUGAUCAAUCUAUAAAACAUCACCUAGAAAAUCCUAAUAUUAAAGAAGAUAUCAUUGAGUUGCUCCUCAAGAUGGAACGAGGAGAGACUGGACUUGGAGAAUUUCAACUUACUCGAAACCACACCAAAGGAAUUCUGUUGAACCUUCUUAUUGCUGGAGUUGACACUUCUGGCCACACUGUGACAUGGGUGAUGACACAUUUGUUUACAAACCCUAGAGUUCUGAAGAAAGCGCAAGCUGAGGUCAGAGAAGUGAUAAAAAACAAAGACAAUAUCACAGAAGAAGAUAUAGAACGACUCGAGUAUUUGAAAAUGGUGAUCAAAGAAACAUUAAGGAUAAACCCACUUGUGCCACUUCUAAUAACAAGAGAGGCUUCAAAAGAUAUUAAGAUCGGAGGUUAUGACAUUCCAAAGAAAACAUGGAUCUAUGUCAACAUAUGGGCUGUUCACAGGAAUCCAAACGUUUGGAAUGAUCCAGAAGCUUUCAUCCCGGAGAGGUUUAUGGAUAACGAGAUUGACUAUAAAGGACUAAACUUUGAGCUCUUGCCCUUUGGUAGCGGAAGGAGAAUGUGCCCAGGCAUUGGCAUGGGUAUGGCUUUGGUACAUUUGACUCUUAUCAAUCUUCUUUACCGUUUCGAUUGGAAGCUUCCGGAAGGAAUGGAGAUAGAAGAUGUCGAUCUUGAAGAAUCCUAUGGACUUGUUUGUCCUAAGAAGGUUCCACUUAAGAUUGUCCCCGUCCUUACCCAAUGGAGUUGACUUCACUUCACUUUAUCAUUUCAUAGUUCAAAUAAUGUGAAGUUCUUAUACCAUUACCAUAUCAAGAAAAUGUUUGUUCAAUCUGA